CAACAUGGACGACUGCAACUUAGACAAACUUUCUUUGAAACCUGGAAAAUUAGACAAGAAAUUUGAUAAAAAUGUUACUGAAUAUAACACGGUGUUAACAAGUGAAAUUGAAAAAGUAGCAAUUGAUGCAUUGACCAGUGAUUCUGGUGCAUCGUACAGAGUUUUGGGUGGUGAUGAAAAGAAACAAGUUACAUUACCUGAAGGAUGCGUUACUGAUAUUAAAGUGGAGGUCACAGCAGAAGAUGGAAAGACCAUGAAAUUUUAUGUCAUUCAUGCUAAAAGAUUGUCAGCUCAAGAUGCAUCUUUAAGUAGCUUGAAGUUAGACAGAGGCAUUUUAUUACCUGAAUUUUCAUCUGAUAAUUUGUCGUAUUCAGUAUUAUUGGCAUGUAAUGUAUCAGUAUUAAAUAUAACUACUACAGUACCAGAUAUAAAGAGUACUAUAACUAUAAACAAUGAGAAACCUGAUAUACCGGUACCAUUAAAUAUUGGUUUGACUAUAAUUAAUAUAGAAAUUACAUCGGUAGAUGGCUCUAAUAAACAGACCUACACAUUAGAAGUGGCACGCAAACAAGUACCAAGAUUUGUUAAACUCUCAGAUCCUAAAGAAGCUUUGACCUACGAAUGUCCAAUUUCAUUGAACCCAUUUUACCAGCCUAUUACUAUCAAAGACAGUGAUCCAAAACGCACUUUUACUGGACCACUGAUUAAUGAGCUGACCAAAAUCUCUAAAUAUGAUCCUAUUAAUGGCCGCCCCCUACCACCAGAAUGGAGGAUACAAGAUUACAAUGUUGAUAAGAAAUUAUCAUCAGUUAAUGUUGUUAUUCCCUGUAUUGAUGGAUCAUUUUCUGAAAGUGUUAAAUUCACAGAAAUUGGUGGAUUAUUAGAAAAAUGCAACAUUUCACCUAAAGUAGAGAAUUUACAAGACAAGUUUAAAGCUACCACAGUAACCUUGAAUCAUACAAUACAGUCUAGAAAAUGGGAGAAGAAUUUACAGCAGAUUUAUCAUGAAAAUGAUGUGAAUGAAUUGGUGAAAACAGGAAAAGAAGAAUUAGAAAAAUAUUUUGAUGCCUUGCCAAAACCAGGUCUCUAUCGACAGUUUGAAGAAGGGGAAUCCCCAUUAGAUUAUCUAGAAACUGCCAUUCAGAACUACGCUACUGCUGUUAAAAAUAAACCUAAAGAUCCCAGUUUACAUUUACAACUGGGUUUAUUGUUAGAAGAAAAAUAUUAUGUUGAAGAUAUGCAUGGUUUGAAAGCUGAGACCUAUGAUGCAUUACCAACAGCUAACACUGAAGCUAAAGAAGGUUCCAAGUUAGAAGAAGCAUUAGCUAUAUGUCAGUUACGUGGAGUUGAUUCCACAGCACCAGUCUCCCUGAAACUGAAAGCUAUAGAUGAAGAAUAUCAUCAUUUACUGGACUCAGGACAAAGCCAUAGAGCAGAUCAAGUCAUGGGAAUCUAUGCCUGGUUCUCAAAGAAGAUGUCUCAGGAAGGUAUGGCAGCCCAGAAAGUAACAGAUGAAGAAUCCCCCCUGGGACAAGCCUAUUUGAAAUACCUGGAUGCUUUAUCUCUGGAUGAAACGAAAUCCCUUUAUAAUUUCCAUGUUGGUAGAUUACUGGUUUUACAAGGGGACUAUAAAGAAGCCAUUAAAAGACUGGAAGUUACAAUCAACUGGAAUCCACAACAUCAAAUGGCAAGAUUCUAUCUGGGGUUAGCUCUAGCUCUACAACAUGGUGGACCUGGUAGUCGUAGUAACGAAGCUAUUAGUUAUCUAUCAGAAGCUAUGGAAACCUUGUUAACAGAAAAUAGUAAAUUAGCCAUGACAGAUGAUGAACCAAUAUUACGACGUGAAUUAUUAUGUGAGAAUUUAUUACGGUCUAAUAACGUGAUAUUACUACGUGGUAUCAUACAACUAGGUCAACUUUUACUCUCUAACCAAAAUACAUCAACUAUUUCUGCUGAACAUGUUUUUUAUACUGCCAGUUUAUUAGCCUCCCAGGUUCUACCAACAUUAUCUCGUGGAGACUUAUAUAAACAAAUAGAAUGGAUAUUACUAGACUCUCAUUCUAAUUUAUUGGAACUCUACACCAAAUCUCCAAAUGCCACAGAAACACUUAUUGUUUUACACUGUGAAAGAUUGUCUGGUCUUAUUUUCCAUUGUACGAUUCCACAAAAUGGACCAUUACAGGAACUUCAAGAAAAUACUUGUCAGAAAUUAGUUAAAAUUCAGCCAUGUAACAGUCAUGCUUUAUAUCUCCUGGGAACAGCUCAGAUGGCAAGAUAUGAAAAUAGUUCAGCUGGGGAGGCAGCAGAUAGACUAUUAGCAAACGCAAAAUCAUCUUUUAAAGCAAGUAUAGCAUUAGAAGGUCAGCCAAAGUCAGGGGAUGUACCAGAAUUAGUGAAAGAGCAAGGAUGGUGGCAAAAGAAAUUAAAAGAAGAAGAAGAACGAAAAAAGGCAGAAGAAGCCAAGAAAGCUAGUGAGAAGAAACCAGGACCAGCUACAAGAGGAGGAGCUACUGGUAGAGGGGCACUUGCUGCCAGGGGUAGAGGAGCUCCUACAGCUCCUAGAGGAGGAGCAGCUGCAAGAGGGGGAACAACUCCAGCUAGAGGUGGAGCAACAACCAGAGGAGGGGCAGCUGUAGCACGAGGUGGAGCAACAAAGCCUGCAGCAGGGGCUAAAUCUGCAUCUCCUGCAACAAAAACCAAUGUGAAACCAGCAGGGUCAAAAGGUCAUGUCUGUGAAGCAAAACCAUCAGCUACAGAUUCCAAAGCAAAAGCGAGUUCACCAUCAACACCACAAACACCAGCUACUGACAAUAAACCAGCAGCAUCUGGACCUAAAAAUACACCAUCCUAUCUACCACGGCUUGGAUUAGGUAGAGCCUUUAAAGCAUCCAAUGAAACUGAAGAAGCUAAGAAAUAUUAUGAAGAAGUUAUUGCUAUGGCACCUGAGGUCCAUGAUGCUUAUAUAGAGAGUGCUGAAAUGUUGACGAAAACAGAACCAAUGGCAGCUGUAGAUAUAUUUAGUAAAUUUCCAGUACCAGAAAACCCAUCAUUUGAUGAUGCCUAUAUUUUUGGAGAGAUUGUAAGAUUAUUAAUGAAAAAUGAAAAAUAUGAUGAUCCUAGGCUAACCACUAAUCUUAUAGCUUAUGGUAGAGUUUUAGGACUAGCUGCUUUGGAGAAGAAUGUAAAAAUAUUGGAAGAAAAGUUUAAAAGUGAAAUAUUGAAGAAUGUUUAUGCUGGAGUCAAUCAUAAAUCUGUAGAUGAUCCUGAUAUGCAACAAUUUUUUAAAUUCAAACUUUGGAUUUGAAAUUUUGAAAUAACUGAAAGCUCAGAUUGUCCUGAUAAGAAUCCAUUAAAUUGAUUCAUUAUGGAAUUGGUAGAUGCAUAUGAAUUUCCCGACAAAAGUCUGCAACAUCCCUAAAUGUAAUUUGUUAAUGCUUAUUUGGAUUCUGACAAAAUUUUGCACCAUUUAAACUAAUAUGUCUCGCAGCCAAAAUUAUUAUGAAUAUGUGAUACUAACUUGUUUCAUUUAUUAAUUUAUAAGAAAGUUAUUAACUGUGAUAUUUUAUUGUUUUUGUGAUAUUUUACAGCCUUGUUAGUUUUAUUUAUUUAAAGAUAUGUUUAUUUAUUAAUAUUAGAAAUAAAAAUUUUAUCUGUGA